GCAAAUUUAGGUUACAUGCCUGGGUCUCCCCGCAAGGCAAUCAGAAAUGAAUAAGCCUCUUAGAUGAGAGGUAAAACGUCCUCAAGUCCAGUUACCUUCGGAUAGCAUUUAAUUACUGUAUAUCGUGAUCUUUACUAAGAACAAAAUCGACAGUAAUUCACGCGAUUCAUGUGAAAUCUUUCUAUAUUGUAUGUCUUUGACAAAAUUUAGUUAAAAAUGUAGUUAAAAUCUUCCUGACGAAACAGGAAUGAUCUGGUGACAUCACCCCUCCUGAGUAACAGCUCCACCCAGUGGAAAGCUGUAGUAAUGACUGGAAAGUUCCUGAAGAGUCUGGAACUCCUCCAGGUAGAAUAUAAAAGCUGAGACUGUCUGACUGCUGAGACAGAAAGCAAAACACAAGCAGAACAGAAGAGAACAGACACUUUAACAGUGUUUCAGCUCACAAGAAGAGGACUCAACACUAAACACCCAGUGAAGAUGCUGUGCUCUCGUGGAUUCCAGUCUGCCCUCAGCCCAUUCAUGGACUUCUACUGGCCUGUACGCAGCCUGUGGCCAGAGGUCAGACCUCUGCUCUACCAGCAGGAUGUUCUGCAGAGAAACCUACAGGAGCUCCGCAACAGUCUGGAGCUGAUGGACAAACUUCAACACAAGAUCCUGGAGGAGACGGAGCCUUUCCCAACCGGCGUGGCCGUGCAGCCGCUCUCCUGCCAGCUGGAGAAAGAGGGGGAGCGCUUUGGCCUGACCCUGGACACUCAAGGCUUUUCUCCAGAGGAGCUGUCUGUCAGGCAGGUGGGCAGGAAGCUGAGAGUCAGCGGGAAGACGGAGAAGAAGCAGGAGGACGGUAAAGACUCCUACUCUUACGUACGCCAGGAGUUCAGACGGGAGUUUGAUCUACCUGAAAGGCUGAACCCCGAAGCCAUCACCUGCUGUCUGGGACCAGACGGGAAGCUCCACAUCCAGGAGGCCAAAGCUCCAAGUGUGGAGGAGGCUGAGAGAGAGCUGACUAUCAAGAGGAGCUUGGAGGAGAAAACAGAGCAGAGAGUGUGUUCACAGACAGAAGGCAGCCGCUCGGAGACAGACAACAGCACACAGGACAAACCUGAAAACAUGGACUCAUCUGCAUGAUGUUCUAACAUUGUGUCUGAAAUGUUCUCUGCAAGUGUCAAAUGAAGUUCAUAUAUUUUUCAUUUGUGUAACUGAGCGUGAUAAAUAAAUAUGUUUAAAACUGAAAACAUGGAUUCAGCUACACGAUGUUCAAGAGUACAUUUUAAAUAUGUUUAAUGCAAUUAACAGUUGACUUAACCAAUAAACGUAU